UCACAAACAUCGUGGUUCUUAUCGCUUUCUGAUAAGAUAUCUCAAACAUUUGUAUAUAAAUUGAUGCAAAAACUGUUUGAAAUUUAGAAGAUUGAUUUAUUAAAUCAUUCAUACUUCAAUUGAAAACAGUGAAAUUAUUAAGAUGAAACGUCAAAACGAACAGAACGUACAAAAAUGUCAAAACGAACAGAACGUAAGAAUUAAUCCAAUAGCCAAAAAACCUAAGUUGGAACUAAAAGUUUGGAACAAUGAAUUACACUUUUCGAAAAAGGAAAUUCCGAUGCGAUUAGCAGAAAUUGCUUCUACUCGAAGCAAAUUUGAAAACAACAAAGUAGGUGCCUGUAUUGUUGAUGAUGAAUACAGGAUACUUGGAUAUGGUUAUAAUGGAUAUCCACGUUUAAGAAAGCGUGAAAAUAAUGAAAAGUACAAUGCUCGUGAAAAUAAUAUUUUAUACAGAUGUUGUGCUGCUCAAAACGCCAUUCAUCAUUCAACGAGUUCUGUCCGAAAAGCUACUUUAUAUGUGACAUCAUUUCCAUGUGAACAAUGUGCAAAAACCAUCGUACAAAGUGAAAUUAAAAGAGUUAUUUAUUUAGAAUCAGAAACUCAUCAUCCAAACAAGAAUCACAAAGUUUCUGAAGACAUUUUAAAAGACUAUUUGGACGAAAAUUUAAUGACCUUUGCUGAACUGAUGCAAGAUAAACAAUAUGUUUUUAAACCCUUAACUUUAUUAAGUUGAUCAAAAGCAAAACGACACCAAUUUAAUUCAAUACUUCUUUUUCAAAAAAAAAAUUAAAUAAAAAUUUAUUAUUGAGAG